AUGUCGAUUUCGCCUGCGGACUCAUCGUCCUCGACACUAUCGACCGAUACCAACCGGCCCAACGAUGUCGAGGGUCAGAAGGCCCCUUCUCCCCAAAAGCUUUCUCACUGGCGGAUGGUUCUCAGUCCAGCAGGAAUCACCGAUGAUGUCGUCAACUAUCAAUACAAGGGCUCUGGCACGACCCAAGACCCAUUCCUGAUCGAAUAUAUUCCUUUCGACCAGAGGAAUCCCAUGGAAUGGCCUGACUGGAAGAAAUGGCUAAUCACUCUGACUGCCGCCUUUGCGACUCUCGCAGUUUCUCUAGUUGCCUCCGCCUACUCUGCUGCGAUACCCCAGAUCAGGGAAGAAUUCGGCUGUGGUGAAGAAGUUGCAACUCUGGGCACAUCCUUCUUUGUGCUGGGCUUCUGCUUUGGUCCAACAAUAUGGGGACCUCUCUCGGAACUAUAUGGACGCCAGGUCCUCUUCUUCGGAACGUUCGCCAUCAUCACGGCCUUCAACGGCGCUGCUGUUGGAGCCCAUUCCAUCGCGACGCUGACCAUCUUCCGCUUCAUCGCAGGAACGUUCGGCUCCUCACCACUAACCAACGCCGGAGGCGUGAUAGCAGAUAUGUUCCCUGCCAGUCAACGCGGCCUGGGAUUGACUGUUUUCGCCGCCGCUCCCUUUCUAGGGCCAUCACUUGGCCCAAUCGUGGGGGGGUUCAUUGCCGAAACUGUUGGCUGGCGGUGGGUUGAAGGUGUCAUGGCGCUCUAUUGUGGUGCUUUCUGGAUCAUCGGUACGCUUAUAAUUCCCGAGACGUACACACCCGUGAUCCUGGGACGACGAGCGCAGGAACUCAGCAAACGCACGGGAAAGGUCUAUGUGUCUGCCAUCGAACACCGCCAGGGCAAGAUCACGCCGGCUGCGGCGUUCCAAAAGGCCCUGGUUCGCCCUUGGGCCCUCUUGUUCCUCGAGCCCAUUGUGUUGAUGAUCUCAGUGUGGAUGGCUAUCCUCUACGGGACACUGUUUAUGCUCUUCGGCGCAUUCCCUAUCGUAUUCGCAGAACAACGGGGAUGGUCACAAGGCGUCAGCGGACUGGCCUUCCUCGGAAUCACAUGUGGCCAGAUGCUUGGAACAAUGUACUGCAUCCUCGACAACAUCCGUUACAAGCGCUUAGAGAAGGAGCAUAACGGCGACGCCCCGCCUGAAGUCCGACUGCCUCCGGCUCAAGUUGCUGCUAUUGUUAUCCCCGUGGGAAUGUUCGUCUUUGCGUGGACAAACUAUCCUCGCAUCCACUGGAUAGUGUGUAUCAUCUUCACGGCCCCCUUCGGUUUUGGCACGGUGCUUGCCUUCCUCGCCGGCAUCAACUACCUCAUCGACUCGUACACGAUAUACGCCGCGAGCGUUCUGGCAGCGAGUGCAGUUCUCCGAGCCCUCUUUGCAGCGGUGUUCCCUCUCUUCACAUCAUAUAUGUUUAAAAACUUGGGGAUUCACGUGGCAAGCACCAUACCCGCCAUCCUUGCCGCAGCGUGCACGCCGUUCCCGUUUAUCUUCUACAAAUACGGCAGGUCGAUUCGGAUGAAAUGCAAAUAUGCUGCACACGCCCACGAGGUCAUGUCUCAGAUUAAGGCGAGGCAAAAGGCCAUCCAGGAAGAGGAACAGCGAGAAAAGAAACAAGAAGAAAAGUCUGCACAGAACGAAGUCAAAAUUAGCCCUGACAAGGCGGCAGGUCAGAAAAUUGGUACAAUGAACGAAAAGGAGCAUGAGUAA